CAUCACGCUCGCAAUUUCUCGAUCAACCGCAAGAACGUCCAACACGAUCACCUCCCACCGAUGGUCAACUUGCUCGGA